GAGCGGGCCGACCCGCACCCGCUCGGCCAUGGAGCUGCUGCCCCGCAAGCCCCGCCGAGUUCGGCUCCGCACGGUACUGGGACCGCUUCUUCCGGCAGCGCGGGCAGCGCGCCUUCGAGUGGUACGGGGCCUUCCCGGAGCUCUGCCCCGUCCUGCACAAGUAUGUGCGGCCCCGCGACAAGGUUCUCGUGGUGGGCUGUGGGAACUCGGAGCUGAGCGAGCAGAUGUACGACGUGGGAAUGUGCGAGGACAUCGUGAACAUCGACAUCAGCGACGCCGUGAUCCGCCAGAUGCAGGAGCGGAGCGGGAGCAGGAGGCCAAAGAUGAGCUACCUGCUCAUGGACAUGCUUCAGAUGGACUUCCCUGACGCCCACUUCCAGGUGGUCCUGGACAAAGGCACGCUGGAUGCCCUCCUUACUGAUGAAGAGGAGGCCACUCUGGCCAAGGUGGACCAGAUGUUUGCCGAGAUCAGCCGGGUGCUGCAGGUGGGAGGGCGCUACCUCUGCGUGUCCUUGGCUCAAGCCCAUGUGCUGAAGAAAGCAGUGGAAUACUUCUCCCGGGAAGGCUGGGUCGUGCGCGUCCAUCAGGUGGCCGGCAGCGGGGACAACCAGCAGUUUGUCCUACCAGUCUUUGUCUACGUCAUGACAAAAUUCAGGAAGAUCCCUGGCUCGGCACCACAGAUCCUGGAGAUCUGCCCCGAGGAGCAGGACAAGCCGAUGCGGGUGGAGAGCGUGGAGCGGCUGGUGGCAGCAGUGAAGGACAGGCAGCAUUACGCCCUGCUCUGCAGCCAGCUGAGCAAAACCCCCUGCAGGGAACAGGUUUCCUUGGAUCUGUGUGACAAGGAGAGCGGGAAGCCUCGCUACACACUGCAUGUGGUUGACAGCCCCUUGGUGAAACCUUCCCGGGAAAAUCGCUUUGCCAUCUUCAUCAUUCCACAGGGCAGAGAAACCGAGUGGCUCUUUGGCACGGAGGAGGGACGGAGGCAGCUGGCCACCAGUGCGGGCUUUGGGCGCCUGGUCACCGUGGCCCUUCACAGGGAGCAGCACUACGAGGGCAUGGCUGGCAUCCAGGCAGAGCUGUCAGGGAAGGUGAUGGAGCUGGCCCCGCCAGGCCUCCCUGCCCGGCAGCAGGUGCCCUUCCUGUCCGUGGGAGGGGACAUUGGGGUGCGGGCGGUGCGGCACCAGGACACCAGCCCCCUGAGCGGGGAGUACGUGGUGGAGGACGUGAAGGGAGACGGCACCUGCUACUUCCGCCGCCUCAUCUUCCUCCGCAACAGGAACGUGGUGCAGUCCGAGGCCCGGCUCCUGGCUCCCACACCUCUCCCAGGCCAGAAGAAACGGAGAAAAGACAAGAAGAAACCCAGCCCUGCUGAGCCACCUGCAGCCAUCGACAAGAGCUACCUGUGCUGUGAGCACCACAAGGCCAUGGUCGCAGGGCUCUGCCUGCUGGGGGGCCCUGACCCCCUCCCAGGAGCCUCGCUGGCAGUGCUGGUGGUGGGGCUUGGCGGUGGCAGCCUGCCCCUCUUCAUCCAUGACUACUUCUCACAGGCCCAUGUGGCCGUGGUGGAGAUUGACCCCUCCAUGCUGGAGGUGGCGACGCGCUGGUUCGGCUUCUCCCAGGGUGACCGGAUGCAAGUGCACCUCUCCGAUGGCCUGGACUACGUGGCCAAGCUGGCAGCUGAAGCCCCAGCCCAGUAUGAUGCCAUCAUGUUCGACGUGGACAGCAAAGACCUCACGAUGGGGAUGAGCUGCCCACCCCCAGCCUUUGUGGAAAAGCCCUUCCUGCAGAAAGUUAAAACCAUCCUCAAGCCAGAAGGAAUCUUUGUGCUCAACCUGGUGUGCCGUGAUGCCCGGCUGAAGGAGUCUGUCCUGGCCACCCUCAGGGAUGUCUUCCCGCUGCUCUACACGCGUCGCAUCGAAGGGGAGGUCAACGAGAUCCUGUUCUGCCAGCCCAGCCCCGAGGGCCGGCGGGACCCUGCGGAGCUGGGGGCGCGUGCCCGGGCACUGGAGGGGGCCCUGCGGGAGCCAGGGUGCCCCUGGGACAGCUCAUACGUGCUGGCAGACAUGCUGCAGGCUGUCAGGAUCCUCUGAGAGGGGCUCCUCAGGACGGGCUGAGACGCUGCUCAAGAGAGUGCUCCUCAUGUGGGUGCCUUGGCCCCACAGCAGAGGGGUGCCCGUGGCUGGGACUGCCACCCCUGGGGGGCAUGUGCUGGCCUGGGUCUGCCUGAGGGAUGAACUGGCAUGGGAAGGUGCUUCCUGCAGCGUGGCUCCCCAGGAAGGGGUCCGGGACUGAGGAGGGCUGUGCAGCCCAAGGGACAGCGUUGAGCUGGUGAGGGGAGGAAGGUGCUGUGGGACUGGCAGGACUGUGGGUUUGGGUCUGUCCCCAUUGUUUCCCCACUGUGGGAAAAACAUCCCUCCAACCACCUCUUUCCCCUCCAGCACAGUGCCUUCCCUCUGAUGCUGCCUCUCUCUGCCUCUCCAGCAUCCCUGGUGUCUCUGCAGAGCCCUGGUGCUGCCCCAAGCCUGGUUGUGGAUAUGUGUGGGUGGGCUGUGAGAAUAAAGUGCUCAGGGCUGCUCUGAGGCCUGCAGUGCUUUGCGAGGGCUAAUUUCUGAAGCACCCACACCCUGGAAAAGCUACAGUCACCUCUGCAACUCAAGGACAUGUCCUGGGGACAGGCAGCUGCCCCUUUAGCUCCGCUGCCCUCUCCAAACUGGACCCCACUGUGUUUCCACUCUUCUGACCCUAUGUCAACCAUGCUGACAGUGAGCAUGUCCCUCUGACAGGCCCCUCUGUGCCUGUAUUUUAAUUUUAAUUUUCCAGCAGGUUCUACUUUGGGAACCACUCUUCAGAUCCCUUCUCCCAUGUCACCUGCUUUACUCCCCUUCACACAGAGGGACAAAUCUCUGCCCUACUUUCUCCCUGGGCUAGCCUGCUUCUAUGCAGAGGGAGCAGAUGCUUUUUUUAAUUAGUGCUUUUGAUGGUUCCCAGGCAUGGGAGAGCAGGGCUGGCCUGCUCCCUGCCUCAGAUAAAGGCUGCCACUGUGGGUAAGUGCCCUCUGUUUCUCGGCACCCUGUCACUCCUGUAGUGUGUUUUCCUCCUCCUGUAGUGUGUUUGAGGCAGCACAUGGCAAUGGGAGGGACAAGGCUGGAGCUCGAGCUGGGUGGAAGUCUGCCUGCCCCCACACAGUUAAAUUUCUAAAGCUUCUCUGUGAUGAGCACUGUUUUGAAAGAUAUCUAUUAUCCACCCAGCUUAGCAAUGGCAAAUUUCUCAACUGGAUCAGCAGUGCUGCAUUUAGGCUAUUUUUAACUUAGUAUGCAAUUCUCAACAUAAUUCCAACGACAUAGGUUUGUGUGUAUGCCCUUUAUUUUACCAAAACCAUCUCCUUUCUUCCCCAGGAGCUCAUACAAAGGCUGCCUUCAUCCCUCCCUUGUCCAGUCCUGCCUUUCUGUUGUGCUUCCCAAAUGCUGUGUAACGCCACAUCCUGGUGGGAAAACAAAAGCCAUCUAUUAGAAACAAUGUUAGGAUGAAAUCUCAGUUCGUUGCAGCUGUCCUUGCAGCUACAAGUUUGGUCUGGAAAUAAAUUUCAGCUGGAAAACUGGCAAAUUCAUGAACGCUGCAAAUACACAAAAUCUUCCUCUGCAGGUAAAAUGCUCCAAGGCUGGAAAAUUGACACGUAGUAAAUAUUUCUCUGCUGGCAGCCAAAACGUGCAGCUAAUGUAUAUGUUUGGCAACUGUGUGUUCUGUUGAGUGUUUUGGCAAUAUACUCAUGUUUACA